UGGAGGAACUCAGAGACACCAGCAGUUGAAUCAUGAACCAGUGAAACUUGCCCCUCACGUCAGAUUUUCAUUUCAGUGAAAGUAGCUGAUAUGCUGGCUACAGCAGAGUAAAGGACUUGAUGCUCACCCAGCCUGCCUUAUAAAAAGCCUAAUGCUAGUCCUUUAAGAGCAAAUUGGAAUUCCACUGAGUGUUGACUGACCUGUAGAGGUCAUAGGCAUCUGCUAUAUUUACCGGCUCUGUAACUUGAUCUGUGGCAUUCUGGAUUGCUGUGCUCAUACUAUCCUCUCACACUCUGGGGCCACAGCCUCCCAAGUAGCACCCCAUUGCAUUCUGCCUAUUGGCCUGGUCGCUCAGAACAACAAGGGGCUGAUCAGUGUCACAAAGCCUGCGCGUUUGUGUGUGCACUGUGGGGUAGCAACAGUAGAAUGAGCUGCCCCGGAGCCGUCACAGUCUGUGGGGACUGACACACACCACUACAAAUACGGCAGUCGAUGCAGUCUUCCAGAGGCUCUCCCUCCCUGUGGCUGAGAAACCAGCAGCAGCAGCAUGUCCCGCGUCUCCUCUACUGCCAAGCGCUAUGCCGGCCCAUCCUACACCAGCCACUACAGCUCCUACGGCUCCUCCCUGACCUCGGGCCUUAGCUCCUACAGUGAGCGAGACAGGCUGUCCUCCUACAAGUCCCCCACAUCCUCCUCCUCCUCCUCCUCAGGUUACUCCUCCUCCAGCUAUCUUAGCAGCUCCGCAGCCCGCAGCCGCAACUACAGCACCUCCUCAGACCCUGACCGCGACAGGGGUCGAACCAUACCACGCACCGACAUCCUCGGAAGCAGCAGCAGCAGCCGGCGGAGUGAGAGCCUCAGCAGAACCCCGGUGAAGAGCUGUGGAGGGUCAGGGCUGAGUGGGGGGUCAGCUUACACCGGCUACACAUACUCUUCGUCCUCUACCCAGUCCAGCUACCUCUCCUCUUCACCGGUGGCCUCAAGCAUCUCGCUCAACCGACGAAAAUCUGUAUCCCAGAGUGACUUGAGCAGGGACCUGGCCUCUUUGGGCCUUGGUGACACCUCCUCCUCUUCCUCCACCCCAUCCUCUUCCACCAGUGCCCUGCGGAGCUACCGCAGUCGGACCAACGAUGUGGCCAGCUCAUAUGGCACAAGCACCCGCCCGGGCUACUCAGGCCUGUCGCGGAGCUCUACUCAGGAGGCCCUGUCGCGGAGCUCCACCCAGGAGGCCUUCAGCAGCAGCAGCAGCAGAGCAUUCAGCUCCUCAACAUGGGAGCCGAGCAGUAACGGGUUGUCUCACUCCCCCACCAGGGACUCCAUGAAUUCAAAGAGUGCCCAAGGCCUGGUGGGACUGAAGAACCUAGGAAACACUUGUUUCAUGAACAGUAUCCUGCAGUGUCUCAGCAACACACACAGCCUGCGAGACUACUGCCUGCACAAUUCGCACCGCAGAGACCUUAACAACAACAGCCGCACCAACACAGCCCUCAUGGAAGAAUUUGCCAAGCUGAUACAGACCAUGUGGACGUCGUCCAGUAGUGAGGCGGUCAGCCCGUCCGAAUUCAAAACUCAGAUCCAGAGAUACGCUCCCAGAUUUGUGGGCUACAACCAACAGGACGCUCAGGAGUUCCUGCGUUUCCUCCUGGACGGCCUGCACAACGAAGUGAACAGGGUCACCGUCAGGCCGAGAGGGACCGUGGAGGACUUUGACCACCUGCCGGAUGAAGAGAAAGGAAAGAAGAUGUGGAGUAAAUACCUGGAGAGAGAAGACAGUAAGAUAGUCGACUUGUUUGUAGGGCAGCUGAAGAGCUCUCUGACCUGCAGCCACUGUGGUUUCUGCUCCACUGUCUUCGACCCCUUUUGGGAUCUCUCGCUACCUAUCGCCAAGAAGGGCUAUGGUGAGGUGAGUCUCAUGGACUGCAUGCGGCUCUUCACCAAAGAAGAUGUCCUCGAUGGGGAUGAGAAGCCGACGUGUUACAGGUGUAAAGCUAGGAGGAGAUGCACUAAGAAGUUCACAGUACAGAAGUUCCCCAAGAUCUUAGUGCUCCACCUGAAACGCUUCUCUGAGGCACGAAGAACCAGCAAACUGUCCACCUUUGUUAACUUCCCCAUGAAGGAUCUCGACCUACGGGAGUUUGCCUCCGAAAACAGCAUAAAUGCAGUGUACAACCUGUAUGCAGUGUCCAACCACUCAGGCACCACUAUGGGCGGCCACUACACGGCCUACUGUCGCAACCCCAACUCGGGAGAAUGGUACACGUUUAAUGACUCCAGAGUAACGCCAAUGUCCUCCAGCCAAGUGCGCAGCAGCGACGCCUACGUCUUGUUCUACGAGCUGUCUUCCUCCUCACGGAUGUGAAGCCUCCUGGAGGACGGCGGGCCGCAGCAGCACUCUGACUGAUGGACAGACGGAUGAAAAAUAUGUGUGUGUUGGUGGAGCUGCGCCACACACACACACACACACAGACACAGACGCACACAACAGCACACGCCUCCACCAGCCUGGAGGCUGCUGCUCUCCACAGAGAGAGCUGGAGAGGGGAACAUUCUGGAAACCACAGGAAUCUGAUCAACCAGCCCUGCUCUCUUUCCCUCACUGUCUUUACUCUUGUGUCUUGGAGGUGUGUGUGUGUGUGUGUGUUUACUCUGUGUGUGUGUGUGAGUGUACAAGGCUGACACAGGGCAAUAAUCCAAUUUGACCGACCAACCGGUGAAUCCGUCUCCAUCUCAGAAGUCCCUCUCUAUGCACUGCAAACCGAACUCUCAUCCUGACUGCGCCUUCGCUUCUUUCUCUUUAACUCUUGAUCUUCUCGUUUGCCUCAAACCAUUAAAACUGACUUAUUGCAAUUUUUUGACUUUUUUUCUGCUUUGAAUUCAUGUUGUUUUUAUGCUGUUUUUUUGUUUUGUUUUUUUUCUGGGUGUGGGGUUAUUACUCCAGUACCAUGAGCAUCACCACCACCACUAUGGACUGUGGAUAAAUUGUGCUUAGUGUGUGACUGUAACAGGACUGGUCAUGUUACAUGGAGCUUACAGCCCACCGGCCUGCUUGGUUUUCCUGGCUUUCCCUGCCACUGCACUACAACACUCCCAUGUCUUUGUCAGCAUUGUUUUCACCUUCUUUCUUUAUCUAAAGGUGGAUGGGAGGCCGGUGGCACUGUGAGCAUAACAUGUUUCAGAGGACAACCCUCUACCGUGUUUUUAUUUCAUUUGUUUCUCCCACGUGUGGCUGCUACUGAUGUUUUCAAAGUGCUGUGAAUGAAUGAAUGGUCAGUCCAGUACAGAUCUGCUAAGCGUUAAUAGUGUAGACGAUAAUAAUGGUAACAAUCCUCAUUGUCAGCAUGAGGUCUUUUCUUCCUCUCUUGUUUCAUGCCAUUGAACAACACGGAAAGAAUGUUUUAAAGAAAAAAAACACACACUAUAUCUGUAUAUUUUUAUAUCCUAAUGCAAUAUAGAGAAUGUACUAUUCAAUGGUGCUGCAAAUGACCCAUAACUGUUUUCAGUUGGUUUAUUUCCCAGGUUUCAAGAGAGAAAAAAAAGUGAUUAUUUAUGCUUACAGGUGAAAAUGUGAUGAGUCACACUUUUUAACAGUGGCAGUCAAAGACAUGAGUACAUAAAUAUAUAUAUAUACAUAUGAAUAAAAGUUAACAAAACA